AAUCAAGAGUCAAAGAUUCGAGACAUAGACAAGAAGUUUCACACAGCACAGUUGAUCACAUCUAUUUCGCACCGCAUUCUAAUGAAUAAUCUAUAUAAAGAGAGUAACAUGAUCAACUUGAUGUACAAACCCACUCCCACAACGCGUAUCAUGAAUGCUUCGAGUAUCAUUGCAGAGUUCCAGCAGCUUGAACAAUAUGAUGUGUAUGAUACCAUUGUCCGUCGACUUGGAGUCUCCGCUGCUGUGCUGUACGUAUGGGACUUCGUUCUGACAUUCCGUGAAGAAGUCGAUAUCCUAUGGGGAACGAAGUGGACGACAUCUAGGAUUUUGUUCUUCAUCAAUCGAUAUUUUGGACUUGCCGUAAUCAUUGCCUCGACGUUCUUUGAUGUCUAUACAAAUCCAGCUGCCCCCAUGUCAUGCGUUCACAAACUUCGACAUCAUUAGACUUCUCCUUGUUUUCAACAUUGAAGGUGGG